GGUGGUCUUUCUUUGAGUACUUGAACUGUAGUAUUUCCUGCGAAAGGUGAAUUAAAGUUAUUUCUUGAUCAUAUAAGCUUGUCUUUAUUCAAUUUAAUCAAUUGAAAGGCUGAGUCCCUAGAGUCGAAGCUCAACCUUCUACCCCGCUCAACGCCGCCUCCUAUUACCUCGUCUAAGAUGCCUACUCCUCUUGAUAGAGCUUUGAAUUCGAAAAAUACUUUCCUUGCAUUCACUGGAAUUGUUACGGCGGUAGCAGCAUGGUCUAUAUGGGGCCAGGAUAUGUUUCCAAAGGAAGCAGAUCCAUCUGGAGAUCCAGAAAGUUGGACACAUGAAGAAUUGCGCAGGUGGCUAGCUGCAAGGGAUCUCCAUCCAAAUCCGAAAGAUACCAAGGAGGAGUUAUUGGAACGGGUCAAAGCGAACCUUAGGGCACCAAGAACAUGAUUUAUGAAUUGCUAGCAGAGGGUUCGGGAAUGUGUCGAUUUGAGAAGGAGUUCUGAGUGAAAAGAUUCAUGCAUACAUGCUUAUGGCAUGUUUUUAAGGGGCGUGCUACCUGGAUCAGCAACAUUAAAGAGAAGAUGUCUAAUACUGAUGCUUUUUUAUUCAGUCAACUCAGGGAAACUGUUUUGAGAAUUUUAUUGCAUUGAUGUUCUACUUCAAUUGAUGUAUGAUCACUGUCUUAUGUUGUUUCUGUGUGCGUUGAUUUCGUUAGUCUGCAGUAAAUCCAAAAGCAUGC